AUGAAGAGCAAGAAGAAGAUAGGCGUAGUGGUAGCGAUAGAUAUAGGGAAGGAGAUAGAGAUAGAGAUCGAGAUAGACACGGAGGAGGUAGAGAUAGAGACGGGAGGGAAAGGCGAAGGGAAAAGUAUGAUAGAGAUGAGAGGCAUAGAGAUACACAUUAUAAUGUUGAUGGUGACGACAGGGGAAGGCGUACAGAUCGAUACAAUAAGCAUAAGAGAGAUGGGUAUGAAGACAAUGGAGAUGUUAAGGAAGAUGGUGAUGAUAGGAGAGGUAAUAGGGAUCGGCAGAAUGGCCAGAACCAUUCAGAUGAGCCCGAAUUGUAUCAGGUUUAUAAGGGCAGGGUUUUGA